CUACAUUCCCUGGAACCUCCAUGAGCCAGAAAGAGGAAAAUUUGACUUCUCUGGGAACCUGGACCUGGAGGCCUUUGUCCUGAUGGCUGCAGAGGUCGGGCUGUGGGUGAUCCUGCGUCCAGGCCCCUACAUCUGUGCCGAGAUCGACCUCGGGGGCUUGCCGAGCUGGCUACUGCAAGACCCCGUGUCACAGCUGAGAACAACCGACCAGCGCUUCAUUGAAGCAGUCGAUAAGUAUUUUGAUCAUCUGAUUCCCAAAAUGCUUCCUCUCCAGUACAGCUGGGGAGGCCCUGUCAUCGCAGUGCAGGUGGAGAACGAGUACGGCUCGUUCAACAAGGAUGAGCACUACAUGCCUCACCUCCACCAGACCCUGCUGGAAAGAGGGAUUAUGGAGAUGCUCUUGACCUCUGAUAGUGAGAAAGAUGUGCUAAAAGGCCACGUCAAAGGAGCGUUGGCCACCGUCAAUUUGAGAAAUCUUCACAAUGGUGCUUUUAGACAGCUUCAUACAGUGCAGGAGAAUAAGCCCAUUUUGGUAAUGGAAUACUGGGUCGGUUGGUUCGACACCUGGGGAAAUGCACACCACACUAAAAGUGUGAGAGACUAUGACGCACUGCUGACAGAGGCCGGAGAUUACACAGAAAAGUAUUUCAGCCUUCAAAAACUCUUUGAGCGUGUCUCAGCAAACCCCCUGCCCCCCCUCCCCGCCCUUACUCCCAAGGCUGUGUACCCUUCCGUGAGGCUGUCUCUCUACUUGCCACUGUGGGAUGUCCUGCAGCACUUAAACGAGCCAGUCAGAUCUAACAUCCCAGUCAGUAUGGAGAAUCUUCCUAUCAACAGUGGAAGUGGUCAGUCCUACGGGUUCAUCCUUUACGAGUCCACCAUCUGCUCUGGAGGCCGUCUCUACAUUCAUGUGGAAGACGUGGCACAGGUGUUUUUGAACGAGACACUUAUAGGAGAUCUGGACGGGAAUAUCCGGCACCUGAACUUUCCUAAAUUCAGAGACUGUCAACUUCUGAGGAUCCUGGUGGAGAAUCAAGGACGAGUCAAUUUUUCAUGGAAAAUGCAAAGUCAGCGGAAAGGAAUAACGGGACAUGUGAGCGUCGAUAAUGUUUUCCUGGACAGUUUCACCAUCUAUUCUCUGGAGAUGAAAAUGAGCUUCUUUGAGAGGCUCCGCUCUGCCACCUGGAGGCCUGUCCCAGGGAGCUAUCAGGGCCCUGCCUUCUACCGCGGUGUCCUGAGGGCUGGCUCUUCUCCCAAGGACACCUUCCUGAACCUGCCGGGUUGGACUUCGGGAUUUGUGUUCAUCAAUGGACGUAACCUUGGGCGAUAUUGGAAUAUUAGACCUCAGAAAACACUUUACCUUCCUGGUGCCUGGCUUCAUCCAGAAGACAAUGAGAUCAUCCUGUUUGAGAAGGUGUUGGGUGGUUCACUCAUCGAAUCUACAGACAAGCCCUGGCUGUAAGACUGUUUUAACACAUUUAUUGGGCUGAAAUUCAUCUAUAAGUAGUUUUUCACAAAGAAGAUUUACAUCAAGAAUAUCAAACACAGUAUUACCUGCAAUAGCAAAAAUACGAAAAUAGUCUAAAAAAUCAACAGGGGAAUUGUUAUGUAUUUCAUAGUAUAUCCAUAUGGUGUUUAUUUUUAGGCUUUAAAAUUUUUCAAAAUCUUUAAUGACUGAUUUAUCUUGUUAAAUGCUUAGUCCUUAGCAGGUUCAUAUUCUCUAACCAAAUGUGCCUUUAGACAAAUAUGACUAAAAUAAAAAAAAAUUUAUUUCUGCCUCCCUACA